AAUAGCUUUUAGAAAUCCCCACGACCAAAAAAUCCAAAAGAAAAAAAAAAUGUCCGAGAGAAAUUAUCGAGAAAAAAAAAUCUUCGUGUAGGGGAGAGAGCUUGUGCCCAAGAUUUUGAAUUCUGUCUCUUCGUUAUCGAUUUUGAACAACCACAUUGUUCGUAGAUCUGAAAAAACAAGAAAAACUCACGGGUUUGAUUAUUACGAUUUGCUCGGUGAUUUUGACAUCACGAUUCGAUUGUUUUGUUGGAGGUUACGAAGAGCUAUUGAUUCGAUUCCAGAUCCAUACGGAUCUAAUCUCGGCGAGUCGAUUUGUGGUCGACAUUUUCAAAAGCUGUUCGCGUGGAUCUGAAGAAGAGACAUUGUUGUCUUUGUUAUAUAGCACCGAAUUUUUCUGGGAAAGAAUGGAUCCAAUAUCGGCGGUUAGCGAAGAGCUGGCUGAGAUCGAAGGACAGAUCAAUGACAUUUUCCGUGCUUUAUCAAAUGGAUUCCAGAAGCUGGAGAAGAUCAAAGAUGCUAAUAGGCAGAGUAGGCAGCUGGAAGAACUCACUGACAAAAUGCGUGACUGUAAGAGCCUUAUUAAAGAUUUCGAUAGGGAAAUCAAGAGCUUGGAAAGCGGUAAUGAUGCCAACACUAACCGCAUGUUGAACGAUAGACGACAAUCUAUGGUUAAGGAACUCAACUCAUAUGUUGCUCUUAAAAAGAAAUACUCAUCUAACCUAGCAACCAAUAAUAAGCGAGUAGAUCUUUUCGAUGGACCCGGAGAAGAACACAUGGAAGAGAAUGUCUUAUUAGCUUCAAAUAUGUCCAAUCAAGAGCUAAUGGAUAAAGGAAACUCAAUGAUGGAUGACACAGACCAAGCCAUUGAGAGGGGGAAGAAGAUUGUUCAGGAGACUAUAAAUGUGGGAACAGAUACUUCAGCAGCUCUCAAGGCUCAGACCGAGCAAAUGAGUAGAGUUGUCAAUGAGCUCGAUUCUAUUCAUUUCUCACUCAAGAAAGCCUCUAAGCUGGUCAAGGAAAUUGGUAGGCAGGUUGCCACUGACAAAUGUAUUAUGGCAUUUCUUUUCCUUAUCGUUAUUGGUGUCAUAGCAAUCAUCAUCGUCAAGAUUGUGAACCCAAACAACAAAGACAUCCGCAACAUACCAGGCCUAGCUCCACCAGCCAUGAACAGACGUUUGCUCUGGAACCAUUACUGAACAAACAAUAUCUCAUUUUCAGGCCAUUCAAAAUACUGGUACGUCGCACAUUUUUUUGUCCCACACACUUCUUGGUCCUCCCCUAAGUCCAUGUUGUUGUAGAUGAAACCGCCUCACUUGAGAAAUUAACCAGUUUCUAUUCACAUGGCUCUUGGCGGCUGUGCCUUUGAGCAGUCACAGGAAUCAAAUUCCCCUUUCGUUAAAAGUCUCAGAAUCAAAACCAUCUUUUUUAGCUCAUGUGUUUGUAUAAGGAUGACUCUUUGUGUUAUAUCAUAUGUACGUGUAUUUCUAAAACGUCGUCUCUGUUUCAUGUUCUGGUAAUAAAAACUUGUUCCUCUGUUUCACUGGUU